AUGCCGCGGGGUAUAAGGUUGUUAGAUUGUACUUGUUUAAUAUCUCCGUUUCUAUCGAAGAGCUCAUUCGAUUUCGCAGAUCCAUCAGCACUCGCGCGUGGUGCAAAUGGUGGUGUGCAUCCCGACAAUGUAUAUCGAUGGUCUCACGAGAAGAACGGUACAUUGGCUAGCACCAUGACUAGAGCCAAGCACAACAAUCACCGUGAUGUUCCAGGUCUCAUGCUCAAUGAAGGAAAUGCCUUUCAGUCUGUCGGAACCUUUAAACCAAACAUAGACUUGACCCCAGAGCGCAUCCAGAGGCAUUUGAACCCACGUGCAACACGUGACCCAACUCCAUUCAUCUCCACAACCUCUUCGCUACGUGAUGCCGAAAAGGCGGUUCUCAAGUUGCACAACAAAAGCAAGCUGGCCCCAAGGUGCUUGACGAUAACGACAUUGGAUACUUCAAGACUUGUACCUGCAGUACUCAAGGCCACGAUGUUAACGACAAUCAAGACACAUGUCCCAGACCAAAAGGACCCCAUUUCGACUAGAACUGUAGAACGGUAUGUGGAGAUGCCGAUCUGGAUCCUUGAUAAGGUUCCCCAUUCUGGUAACCCAGAAGAUCGCCCUAGCUGUGAAUUGGAAGACAUACUGCAAGAUGGAGGCAUUUUGUGGCUCUCCUUAACUGAGUUGAAGGAAUCCGAUCUAUCCUUGUGGGCCAGUGACGCUCACAUGAAUGAAUGGCUGGCGGUCAGCAGCAUUCCAGAGUCAAUCGUCACAAAGUCCAGACCGUUUGACGGUGCCAUCCUGCACUCGGAAAAGUCAACUGAGUUUGUCCAAGCUCGUGGCAGUCCCGAACCGUUUUACUGGAAUUUCGACCAAAAGAGGUGGGAAUAUGUGCCAAACAUGACGGAUUACCGCCCCUACCGCGAGGCUAAAGCCGGUGACAAACGCAAGCUGUCUGACGAAAACCUUGAGAGUGCUGGUUCAUCCGCCGAAACCGAGUCUGACUCUGGGUUGGACUUGGACCAAUCUGGGGACUCUCUCCCGUGUCCGGCACGCACUAGUAUCGGACAUGUCGGACUCUAG